AUGUGGUUUGACAAAGAUUAUCUAGACGAUGUAGCAGAAAAAGACGAUGAAUGUUUCCGUAAAGUAAGAAAACUCAUCGAUGUAGAAGAGCAAAUGGAACCAUUAGACAUUUAUGAAGAUGAAGAUGAAGAGGAAAGUGAAGAUGAACCAUUAGACAUUUAUGAAGAUGAAGAGGAAAGUAAAGGUGAAGAUUAUGAAGGUGAAGAUGAAUAUGAAGAUGAAGAUGAAGAUAAUGAAAGUGAAGAUGAAGGUUCCGAAUAUGAUUUUUAUUUUUGUGUACAUGAACGUGGAGGUGAACCAUUAGACAUGUCUGAAGAUGAAGAGGAAAAUGAAGAUGAAGGUUAUGAACAUGAAGGUGAAGGUGAACCAUUAGACAUUUAUGAAGAUGAAGGUGAACCAUUAGACUUUUAUGAAUAUGAAGAGGAAAGUGAAGAUGGAGAGGAAAGUGAAGAUGAAGGUUGCGAUUGUGAAGUUGAAAGUUCUGAAAGUGAAAGUGAUAGUGAAGAUUAUGAAGAUYUWUAUGCCUGA